CCUCUCCUCCCCUCCACAUUUCCACCACUCUUGUUUUCUUCCCCUUGAAAAUGGAGAGCUCUAAAUGGGAGGGUUCCCUGGAAAUCCCUGUGGCGGCUCACCUGGAGCGCGUGUGGGAAAUUGGCAGCGAUUUCUUUGGAAUAAAAAGAUGGUAUUCUAUGCUCGAGAUUUGUGAAUGGGUGGAGGGCACACCAGAGCAGGGCCCUGGUUCUAUGCGCUACUGUGCCUCCUCUCCCCCUGAAGGGCUUGUGUGGGCCAAGGAAAAACUCAUUUCCUUAGACAGUUCCACACAUUCCUUCACUUAUCAAAUAACAGAGGGAAACUUCUUGGGGAUGAAGGGCUACCAAGGGACUUUUCGAGUGGUGGAGGAUCAGGAGCAACAGGGGAAAUGUCUCGUCAAAUGGAAUUUUGAGGUUGAGCCAGUUCAGGGUUAUAACCAACAAGAUUUUAUGGCUAUUAUCAUUUCUUUCAUCAGAGGCAUCACCAAGACACUGGAGGAAGUCGCUUCUGCCUCUUUGGAAUGAUUGUCCAGCUUAGUAUUUAGUGUCUCUGUCUCUCUGGUUUUCUCUAAGUGUUGAAUUGUGUAUUGUUGCAGAUUGCAGUUUCUAAUUAUGGAAUUUUAUCGCA